UCUAAUUUUUGACCCCCAGUGUGUCUGCCCUUUUCAGAAGUUCCAACGUGAGCUCAGCACCAAAUGGGUGCUGAAUACAGUGAGUACGGGUGCUCACGUGCUUCUUGGUAAGAUCCUGCAAAACCACAUGUUGGACCUCCGAAUUAGCAACUCCAAGCUCUUCUGGCGGGCACUGGCCAUGCUGCAGCGGUUCUCUGGACAGUCCAAGGCUCGAUGCAUCGAGAGCCUCCUCCAAGCAAUCCACUUUCCCCAGCAACUGUCAGAUGAUAUUCGGGCUGCUCCCAUCUCCUGCCAUGUCCGGGUUGCACAUGAGAAGGAACAGGUGAUCCCCAUCGCCUUGCUCAGCCUCCUAUUCCGGUGCUCCAUCACUGAGGCUCAGGCACACCUGGCUGCAGCUCCUUCUGUCUGUGAGGCUGUCAGGAGCGCUCUUGCUGGGCCAGGCCAGAAGCGCACAGCGGACCCCCUCGAGAUCCUAGAGCCUGCCGUUCAGUGAACUGGUGUUUCUGGUUGGGUGAAAGGGGCCCAACCCUGCCCACUCCAGCCCAGCCCACCCAAGGGACUUGUGCCAGCAGCACAUGUGGGAGGGAGAAGCCCCGUUUCCGGGGGCACCAGCAGCCCAGGGUGGGGAGAAGGAUUCUCUCCACUUUGGGGGAGACUUCUUGCUCUUGACCUGGUAGUUUCUAUUUUCACUCAAUUAUUCUGAUUUCAGAAAUAAAAUGAAAUGUCUUAUUUUGGAAAGUUAA